GGGGGAAUCUCAUCGCAACACUGUCAGACUUUUCCAAGUCUCUUUGUUCUUCGCACGGGGGCGGGCACCACCCAAAGUCGAAAAGCGGAAGCACCCGCCGCGACUUCCUUUCGAGUUUCGGGGGACUCUUCCGGAGCGAUCGCUCUCUGGUUCGUCCGUUUUCACUCUCCAACCGCCGAAAGAGUUCGUCGGAAUCAUCUCGCCUCUGUGAAUUUUUCGUUUUGAUUUCUCGGAAGCAGGCCAUUCUCAGCAGAUAUUGCGUGCCGUCAGAUUUUGCAGUUCUUCGAGCUGAUUUGUCUUCCGAGAUGGAUGAUGGGGAGCUCGAUUUCUCAAAUCAGGAAGUGUUUCCAAACCAUGACGUGUUUUCGAGUUCGACUUUAGGAGAAGUUCCUGGUUGUCGCUCGAUGGAUAGUUUUCUGGACGAAAUUUUCAGGGACACCCAUGCUUGUACUCACACUCACACUUGUAAUCCGCCGGGACCCGACUCUUCACACACUCACACAUGUUUUCAUGUGCACACUAAAAUUGUCCCCGCUGCCAGUGAGGAGAAGGUUUCUACUGAUGAUACCGCAGAGUCGACGGAGAAGAAAUCAAAGAAACGCCCGCUCGGCAAUCGGGAGGCGGUUAGGAAAUACCGUGAAAAGAAGAAGGCUCGUGCUGCCUCAUUAGAAGAUGAGGUCAUUAGAUUGAGGGCCGUGAAUCAGCAAUUGAUGAAGAGGCUUCAGGGUCAGGCUGCAUUGGAGGCUGAGAUUGCUAGAUUGAAGUGUUUGCUUGUGGAUAUAAGGGGAAGGAUCGAAGGAGAGAUAGGAUCUUUUCCAUAUCAGAGAACGGCAAUGCCCGGCGGUGCUUAUGUGGUGAAUCCUUGUAACAUGCAGUGUAACGAUCAGGUUCGUUGCCUUCAUCCGACAGUGGAGGGUAGAAGUGGAGAUGGUACAAGCAUAGAUGGGCAGGGAUAUGUUGGUUGUGAAUUUGAAAAUCUCCAAUGCCUAGCUAAUCAGAACGGUUCAGGACCCAAAACGCUUUCUGGAUGUGGAAAUGAGAACAUUGCAUCACAUGCAGCUUCUUCUGGUGGAAGUAAGAAAAAAGCAGGGUCUCGUGCAGCAAUGGCUGGAUGAGAAUUGUUUCUGUAAUCACCAUUUUCUUGCAAGAAGACCUAUAACUCAAUAAGUGGUCUUCACAAGCAGCAGAGGUGGCUUUUGUCAGAUUGUUUAUUAUUUGGUCUCUCUACCGAACUUGGGUUCGCAGAGCUGGCAUGGCUUAAUUGUGUUUUCAAAGGGUAAUGUCUUAAUAUGCUACAUUUUAGGCUGUUGCUUAAGCUGGACCUCAAUGGAUGAAUAGCCAAUGGACAGUCCAAUAGAGGACAACUUGCUUUCUUAUGA